ACACAAAGAGCUAGUUUUCCAUCACAUUAGGGUUUUGUUCUUCAUUUUGAUGAUGGUGAUGAGGAGUGAUCGACACUCAUUGAUUUUAGGGUGUGUUUUAGGGUUCCUUGUGUUGUUAGGAGGCUGCCAUGGGUGGAGCCUGAAGAAGAACUUCUACAGCAAAAGCUGUCCCUUGGCGGAGGAGAUCGUGAGGAACGUGACGUGGAGGCAUGUCGCGGCGAACAUCACACUGCCGGCGAAGUUCUUGAGGAUGCAUUUCCAUGACUGCUUUGUUAGGGGAUGUGACGGCUCAGUCUUGCUGAACUCGACCAAGAAUAAUACGGCGGAGAAGGAGGCAAUCCCGAACCUCACGUUGGCGGGAUUUGAUGUUAUCGACGACAUCAAAGCGGAGGUCGAGAAGAAGUGCCCGGGCGUCGUAUCCUGCGCCGACAUUUUGGCUCUGGCCGCAAGGGACUCCGUUUCGUUCCAAUUCAAAAGGUCAACGUGGAAAGUGCUGACCGGAAGAAGAGACGGCACGGUGUCGCUAGCCUCCGAGGCCUUGGCCAACAUCCCAUCCCCUUUCCUCAACUUCACCGCCCUCCAACAGAAUUUCGCCAAUAAAGGGCUAAGCGUGCGUGACCUUGUUGUUUUAUCAGGUGCGCACACAAUAGGAGUAGGGCACUGCAACGCCUUCAGCGUAAGGCUCUACAACUUCACCGGAAAAGGCGACCAAGACCCAUCCUUGAACUCCACCUACGCCGCCUCAUUGAAGAACCAGUGCAAGAACCUUACCGACAACACCACCUUCGUGCCGAUGGACCCAAUCACCCCUCUCAGCUUCGACACUCGCUACUUCACCGUCCUCAGACAGCGCAGGGGCCUCUUCGAAUCCGACGCCGCGCUGCUCACGAACCCCAACUCGGCCAGUAUCACUCGGGAGAUGCUCAACUCGCGCAGGUUCUUCAAAAGUUUCAGGACGUCCAUCAAGAGGAUGGGGGCGAUCUCCGUCCUCACAGGGAAAUCUGGGGAGAUUAGGAAGGUCUGUAGUAAGAUCAACUAAGUCGUCAAUGUUCAAGGAAGCAAUCCUUCAUGAAUCAAUAAGUAUUAAGUC